AUGAUGACCCUUAACUCAACCUCUUGUGCUGUUUAUGACGGUCACUCAGUUUGCUUUACUGCUAGUGACACUCCUUACUACUACUCUCCGAAACCUUCCCUGGUCGAUGGUGUUUCGGACCCAAACCUCGCCCUACUUGCCCCUGUCAUUGCCUACUGGGUUUCAUCCCUGUUUUUCCACAUACUGGACACCAGCAAUUGGAAAUGGCUCGAACAACUCCGAAUACAUGAAUCUGCAGAAGUUCAAGUCAAGAAUCGGGCGACCCGUUCCGAGGUCGUGUACGCCGUUAUUGUCCAGCAUAUACUUCAGACAAUAUUAGGCAUCUUCUGGAUGGAAGACUCCGAAAAUAAUGUUCAUCAUAUGGCCAGGUUGCAAGGUUGGGCGAGGUCGUUGUCGCCGUGUAUGUUAGGAUGGCCAGGAGCGCAGCUCAAACCAAUCCUAUUGCACCAUUCCGCCUAUUUUGUGUAUUGGUGGGCCAUUCCUCUCCUUCAAUUUUUAGGUGGAAUGUUUGUUAUUGACACCUGGCAAUAUUUCCUUCAUCGCGGCAUGCACAUGAACAAAUGGCUGUACAAACAUCUCCACUCGCAUCAUCAUCGCCUUUACGUUCCUUACGCUUUUGGUGCACUCUACAACCACCCCGUCGAGGGGUUCAUUCUAGAUUCUGUCGGUGCAGUUCUGGCGGAAAGCCUGAUGGGUAUGACUACCCGACAGGCUAUCGCCCUCUUCACCAUCUCCACUUUCAAAACCGUCGACGAUCACUGCGGAUAUCGUUUACCUUACGACCCUUUUCAACUCAUGAGCACCAACAACGCUGAUUACCAUGAUAUUCAUCACCAGAUCAUUGGUAUUAAAUCCAAUUUCUCCCAGCCCUUCUUCAUUCAUUGGGAUCUUCUUCUUGGAACACGUAUGACUCGAGCGGAAUUUGAGGCUCGCAAGGCCAAGUCGCGGCAGUAG